AUGGCCGAUAACGAGCAGAAGGCGUUGCAACUGGUGGCGGAGGCCGAGAGAAAGCUGUCGUCGUCGAAGGGUUUCUUCGGCGCCCUGUUCGGGAGCUCGUCGAAGGUCGAAGAAGCGGUGGAAUGUUAUCAACGGGCGGCGAACAUGUUCAAAAUGGCAAAGAAGUGGAGUUCGGCCGGGAAGGCGUUUUACGACGCGGCGGAUUUGCACUCGAAGGCGGGCAGUCGACACGACGCGGCCAACAAUUACGUCGAUGCCGCUAAUUGUUUUAAGAAGUCGGAUACAAAUGAGGCAAUCAGUUGCCUGUUGAAAGCCAUUGAGAUCUAUACCGACAUGGGUCGCUUUACGAUGGCAGCCAAACACCAUCAGAGCAUAGCUGAAAUCUAUGAAAGCGAGGCGGUUGACCUGGAGCGAGCAGUGCAUCAUUACGAGCAGGCCGCGGACUAUUUCCGCGGCGAGGAGAGUAACUCCUCCGCGAAUAAGUGUCUUCUGAAAGUAGCGCAAUACGCCGCGCAACUUGAAAAUUAUGACAAGGCCGUUCAGAUUUAUGAGCAGGUUGCUUCUACGUCAUUAGAAAGUUCUUUACUAAAAUACAGCGCCAAGGAAUACUUUUUCCGUGCUGCGUUGUGCCACUUGUGCGUGGAUUCGUUAAACGCCCAGCAUGCGAUUGAACGUUAUCAGGAACAGUAUCCCGCUUUUCAAGACGCUAGAGAAUACAAACUGGUAAAGACGUUGAUAGAGCAUUUGGAGGAUCAGAAUCUAGAAGGUUUCACAGAAGCGGUGAAGGAAUACGAUUCAAUUUCAAGAUUGGAUCAAUGGUAUACAACAGUAUUGUUACGUAUAAAAAAGCAAAUUAAUGAUAAUCCGGAUCUACGCUGAUCAGUUGUUCCUUACUUGUGUUAUUUUCCGGCAACGAUAUUCUUUCCAGAUCAUGCGUAUUUGUUAUUGAGCCACGUUCUACUUUCAGUGGAAACUAUAAAGUAGUUUCGUUUUUAUUCGAAUGUGUAAUAGCCUAUAUUAUGUUGCUCCCUUGUGCUUUUGGCUUUUUUUUGUUAUUUAUCUGUAUACAUCUUUUAAAUCGUUAAGAGUAUCUAUAAAAUCGUGGAUUACUGCAAGAAUGUGAGAGACGAUUAUUUCGAACGUUAUAAUUAUUUUUUUAUACACAGUCCUACUCUUAAAUAUAUUGAUGAGUAUUAUAUCGAGAAUAUCGUGGUUUUUGUAAAAUAAUAGCCCAAAGUCUUUAUUUCUCUUGCCUUGGUACUUUGUACGUUUCAUUGGCUUUCAAAAAUCGAUACUCUUACCACGAAUUAACCAAGAUUGUUAUAAAUUUUAAGUUUAAAAGCCUAAAUAACAGAUUAUAAACAGCA